GCCGUGUGGCUGCUGGUGCUCGCCGGCGCUGACGCCGCGGCGGCGCAACGGAGCCCCAGCUGCGAAACGAGGUGCGGCGACAUCGAGGUCCCGUACCCGUUCGGCUUGGAGGAAGAGUGCGCAAUCAACCGCCGCUUCCGUGUCAACUGCACGACCGUGGACGGCGCCACCAAGCUGUUACGGGGUGCCUUGGAGAUGACCAAGAUCUCCGUGAAGGAUAACAAGGCCUGGCUCAAGACUUACAUCGCCCGUCAGUGCUACAACCAAUCUAGGAAGGAGAUGAUAUAUGAGAACGCGUGGACGAACGUUACCAAGACGCCCUUCGCGGUAUCUGCAGACGACAACAAAAUCAUCGUCCUCGGGUGUCGAAGCCUGGCUACAUGCGGAGCGACUCCUACGCCAUCGGGUGCUUAUCGACAUGCGACGACCGCGUACCAUUUAGGAACGGCUCAUGCUCUAUUACUCACGGUUGCUGCCAGCUGGACCUCCCUAAGGGCGUGCGGAAUUACCAAGGCUACUUUAACUCGUUCUACAACACCAUCAAAAUUUGGAGGAGAACCCCUUGCAAUUACGUUGCUGUGAUGGAAAGCGCGGCAUUCAACUUCAGCACCACCUAUCUCACCUCGACGGAGUUCUACGACAGAGACAGCUCCAAGGCCCCAGUUGUGAUGGACUGGGCGGUUUCACGAAACACUACAUGUGAAGAAGCCAGAAUCAACACUACAUCCUACGCUUGUGUUAGCGACAAUAGCCAUUGUAUCACGAAUGAUGCAGGCUACGCCUGUAGCUGCUCAUCGGGAUACAAGGGCAACCCUUACAUCGUCGACGGGUGCAAAGAUAUCGAUGAGUGCCUAGAAAAUGUUACUUACCCGUGUGCUGGAAUUUGUGAAAAUACACCGGGGAGUUUCACCUGUUCAUGCUCACGAGGGAAAAGCAUGAUUGAUGGUGUUUGCGUGAAAGAUCAUCGAAAGUCGAUAAUUUGGAUAGCGCCAGUUGUUGGUACAAGUCUUUUGCUUGUGUCACUCGGUGGACCAUGCAUCGUGCGUAAAAUCAAAUUACAGAAGGUAAAGAAGAUGAAGCAAAAGUUUUUCAAACAAAAUCACGGGUUACUACUGCAGCAAUUAGUAUCACACAACUCAGACAUUGGUGAGAGAAUGAUAAUUACCUUAAGGGAGCUGGAGAAGGCCACAAACAACUUUGAUAGAGCUCGAGUGGUUGGUGGCGGAGGGCAUGGAGUUGUGUUUAAAGGAAUUCUAGAUCUGCAUGUUGUGGCGAUCAAGAAAUCAAAGAUAGUUGUACAAAGAGAAAUCGAUGAAUUCAUCAAUGAAGUCGCGGUUCUUUCUCAAGUGAACCAUAGAAAUGUGGUGAAGCUCCUAGGAUGUUGCCUUGAGACAGAAGUCCCGUUGCUAGUUUAUGAGUUCAUUUCUAACGGAACCCUUUAUAAUCAUCUCCAUGUUGAAGGACCAAUAUCUCUACUAUGGGUUGAUAGAAUAAGGAUUGCACUUGAAGUUGCUAGAGCUUUGUCCUAUCUACAUUCAGCUGCUUCUAUGCCAAUAUUUCAUAGAGAUAUGAAGUCAUCGAAUAUACUUCUUGACGAUAGUUUAACAGCAAAAGUAUCGGACUUUGGAGCUUCAAGGUACAUCCCAAUUGAUCAAACAGGAGUAACUACUGUUAUUCAAGGAACGAUGGGAUAUUUGGACCCUAUGUAUCAUUAUACAGGCCGACUAACAGACAAGAGCGACGUUUUCAGUUUUGGUGUUCUUCUUGUAGAAUUGCUUACUAGAAAGCAACCAUUCAUCUACAGAUCCAAUGGUGGUGACAAUCUUGUUUCACAUUUUGAGAACAUACUUGCAACAAACAACCUAGUUAAUAUAAUAGAUCCUUAAGUUAUGAAGGAAGCAGAUGGAGACCUACAAGAAGUAGCCACACUUGCAGUGAUAUGUACCAAGUUGAGGGGAGAAGACCGGCCUACAAUGAGGGAAGUGGAGAUGAGGCUUGAAAACUUGUCAGCAAAUUCCAAGCAUUACAACAAGAAGGAGAAAUGAUGAGGAUGAAGCUCAGGUCCAAUACAUGCCAAUUGAACCGGUAACUAACGAGUCAAGCAGACAAUACAGUAUGGAAGAGGAAAUACUAUUAUCGGCAAGUUAACCUCGAUGAACUUGUGUUGUCAUGAACAACGAUGAACUUCCUAGUUAUCUUCUAAAUUAUUCGGCAAAUCUCUGAGCACAAGCAUUUGAUGUACUGUAGAUUUGGCAUGGUUCCCAUAAAUAGCAUAAAAGUAGUGGUCAAGUGCUGAAUUUUA